UUCAGAUCUGGCAGAAUGACACGGAAACAAACACCAGUGAAAGGAGGCAGAAAUGAGCUACCAGACUCUCUACAGGUUGCUGAGGGCGUUCGAGUCAUGCUGACCAGAAACAUUGAUGUGCAAAGUGGUCUUGUCAAUGGAAGUUUUGGCACUCUGGUGCGCUGCAUCUCAGAAAAUGAUCAUGUCACUAAGCUGGGUCUCCGAAUGGACAGCCAUGUGUCUUCAGAGCAAAAUGAUGAUGUGGUUUAUAUUCAGAGAGAGGAAGACAACCUGAAGCAGAAAGGUGUGGUGCGCAGACAGUUCCCCAUCAAACUAGCUUUUGCAUGUACCAUCCACAAGGUCCAGGGAAUGAGUAUGCAGUCUGCUGUGGUGUCACUGAAGAACAUCUUUGAACCUGGGAUGGCUUAUGUUGCUGUGAGCAGAGUCACCUCCCUCAGUGGACUCUACAUUGUAGACAUGGAUGAGAGUAAGUUCUACGCCAGUCAACAGAUCACUGCAGCACUGGAGAGCAUGAGACAAGCCAGUCCAGCUGAGAUGAUGCCCCUUCUACAGAUGAGAGAAAUCCUGAGCAGACCUGAUACCCUGACCAUCAUUCACCAUAACACUGAGGGAUUACCGGCUCACAUCAAUGACAUCAAGAGCCACCAUGAAAUGUGUUUGUCUGACAUCUUGUGUCUCACUGAAACCCAUUUGCAGGGCUCCUUUGUUGCAGACAGUCUUCAGUUACCAGGCUACAACCUGUUCAGACGUAACAGACACCUGUCCUACAGCAACUUCCCUCAGAUUGCCAGCAGAGGUGGUGGAGGAGUAGCCAUCUAUGUGAGAAGCCACAUCCAAGCUCGAGAGAAGCAGUAUCUGCUGAAUGUCACUGAUCUUGAGUUUGUGGCCUUGAAGGUUGAUGCUCCAGUGAGUGCUAUCAUCGCAGCAGUGUACAGACCUCCUAACUAUGAGAUGACUUCUUUCCUGGCUAAUCUCAGCAGCCUUCUGGACUCUCUGGAGAUUCUCGACUGUCAGCCCAUCAUUGUCUGUGGAGACUUUAAUGAAAACCUUUCAUCUACAGCCAAGAAGCCCAUUCUGGAGCUGUUUCAGACCAGAGGUUAUGCUCAACUCAUCACUGCUUCCACCACAGAGAAGAACACACUGCUGGACCUGAUUUUCAUUUCACAGCCCGACCACUGUGUCCAGUCUGGUGUCCUGAGAACAUAUCACAGCUAUCAUGAUCCUGUUUACUGUGUCCUGACUUUCAGCUACGUGUGAAG